AUGGUGUCUGCUUGGUUUAAGUAUUUCACUUAUCUAGUAACUAUCUCAGCCGUAUUGACUAAUGUAUAUCUGUACACUUUCCCUUCUUUCCAUGUGAAAAAUUGUACGUGGAAAUGUUUUGAUCAGGAAGAUGAUGAGCCUGCGUUUGAGGAGAUGUCGAUUAUGGAGAGGAUGAUCUAUAAAAUAAAUCAAUAUAAAGACGAUGUUCAAGAACAAGUGUAUUCUACGAAAAACUAUACCAGUGCUGAGGGUGAACACCAGGUUCGUAUGCUUGCGUUUGGUGAUCCGCAAAUCAGAGGUAUUUGGAAGAAAUCUAGUUAUCUUGCAAUGUUAGAUGUGUAUGCUAAUGAUUGUUACUUGGGACAUAUCUAUUCCAUGAUGAAAGAGAGACUAAGUCCAACACACGUUGCCACUCUUGGUGAUCUGUUUUCAUCACAAUGGAUCAGUGAUUCUGAGUUUUACAAUAGAACCACUCGGUAUGUAACAAGACUGUACAACAGAGACACAACAAACUUAGUUAGACUGAAGAAAGAAUCCGAAGAUGAAAAGGGUCAAUACAGAGUCGAUUGGCAAUCUUGGGGUGAUGACUACAACAAGAGAAGACUUUCUGAUCCACCUGCAUUUGAUUAUGGUUAUAGUGAUGUAUAUUCGUGGGAUCCUGAGCAUGAGGAUUUCUUAUUUAUUAAUGUUACAGGUAACCAUGACAUUGGUUAUUCUGGCGAUGUAACAUACCAACACAUGUCAAGAUUCAGUCAUUUGUUUGGUAAGGAUAAUUAUUGGGUCGAAUAUGACGCCGGCACGGACCACGCUUGGAGACUAGUCGUUUUGAAUUCUUUACUUCUAGAUGGACCAGCUCUUCAGCCAGAAUUCGUUGAAGGAACUUGGGCAUUUUUGAGAGCAUUAGAAAAUAGAAAUUUCACAGGUAGUACUGUUUUACUUACUCAUGUUCCGUUUUAUAAAGAAGCUGGUCUAUGUGCAGAUGGCCCGAUGUUUAGUUAUUAUCCUGACGUAUAUGAACGUGAGCCAUAUAAGGUGAAUCUAUUAAGAGCACAAAACCAUUUAAGUAAAAAUACCACCGAUAAAGUUUUAAGUUCUAUCUUUAAUAAUGAUAGACCAGGCAUAAUUUUAACAGGUCAUGAUCACGUUGGUUGUGAAACGGUUUUCAAUAGACAAGAAGAAACCAAGACAUGGAAUUGCACCACAGACAUGGUCAAUUCAGGUUACAAUAUUAGAGAAGUGACCGUCCGUUCAAUGAUGGGUGAGUUUGGUGGUAACACAGGAGUUUUCACAGGCCACUUCAACAAGACAUCUAAUAACUGGGAAUGGAACUUCACUCUUUGCCCAUUCGCUUUGCAACAGGUAUGGUGGCUGGCAAAAACCACCAUAGGAUUAUCAUUGCUAUUAUGGCCAAUCUACAUAUUGUUUUAG